GUCUGGACGAUACCCCGAUGCGCAUUACAUGUACACCUGAAUCUCUAAGCAUAACAUAAAGUAAUAUGGUCAGCGACGUGAAUCACUUGCUAGGGGGGGUGGGAGUCACGUUGACUUCAGUGAGCGUUACGUGCGAAUCAAUGUUUCCUUUAAUGUUAAGCUCAGGGGAAAGUAAACCCUCUCCCUCAGCUCAGCCGGCUAGCUCAACUGCCUGACAGUUCUUUGACAGCUCGCCCUGCUUCGUCUGGUUACUGUAUGACGGUAGUGAAACUUGACGACGUGUCAUCUACCAAUUAACUGUAUGACGUUCAAUUUAAAGUUGAAGUCAAUUAUAUUUCCGGACAAAAUUAUUUUUUUUUACUAAAUUUCUUUAUUUAGCAUUUAAGCUGUUUUGCUGUCUGACUAUUGCUAACGGCGAGCUAGCAACUUGUUAUUGACGUUAGCUGGCUAGCGUUAGCAACAUGGAUCCUACUAGCACCGUUAUAGUUAACGUUGUACAGUAUAGUUAAUCUUUAGCUACAAGUUACGUAAAUAUAUUUCCUAAUAUUUUUCUUAUUAGCCAGCGUUUCGUGGUCGGGGUUUGUUCCUCUAAUCAGGAUAUUCGCAACAGCAAUUGUUUACCGAGGUUCAGCUGCCGCUCGCUGCCUCUAUUGUUGACACGGAUACGGUCGGCUGAAGUGAACUAUGGGCAUGUGGUGUGAGUAACAAUACUGGAUCAGCCAUAGGACAACUAAAGUGGACAUCUGGAAAUGGGGCCGGGAGCAGGGUAACUUCUAUCGACCACUACUCUGCAGCCGACUCAUACCUGAAUCAGGAUGAUCGGUGCAUCGAAGGAGGACAGCUGUGCCUGCUGGACUGUUUGACUUUGUGCAGGAGUUUGGUUGUCCAUUUUUAAAGCUUACGUUAAAACCAGACUAACGUUACACGAGGGGAAAAGUGAACAAACUGUGUUGGGAUCUGGUUCGCAUAUCUUGCCCUGGGAUGUUGCUGAAAACCUUACUGAUCACCAGUCUUCUUGGCUGGGCGAGAUGUCAAGAGAGCCAGAGCAUGACACCAGAGGAGAAGACUGUUAUCAGGGACCAGAUUAUUGAAAUGUUUGACCAUGCUUACGGCAGUUACAUGAAAUAUGCCUAUCCAGCAGAUGAGCUCAUGCCUUUGAGCUGCAGGGGGAGAGUCCGUGGCCAGGAGCCCAAUAGAGGGGACAUUGAUGACUCCUUGGGGAAGUUUUCCCUCACGCUGAUUGACACCCUUGAUACCCUGGUGGUGUUAAACAAGCUCGAUGAGUUUGAGGACGCAGUGAGGAAGGCCAUGACAGAUGUACGCCUUGACAACGAUGUUGUGGUGUCCGUGUUUGAGACCAACAUCCGAGUUUUAGGAGGGCUUUUGGGAGCCCAUGUGAUGGCCGAUCUGCUACGGCAGCGCGGGGGGAGGAUGCAGUGGUACCGCGAUGAGCUCCUGCACAUGGCCAAAGAGCUGGGCCAUCGAUUACUGCCUGCCUUUAACACCACAAGUGGCCUUCCCUACCCUAAGGUGAAUCUGCGGUAUGGAGUCCUAAACCCACUUUCACGCACAGGCACUGAAUCGGACACCUGCACAGCAUGCGCUGGAACAAUGAUCCUGGAGUUUGCUGCUCUCAGCCGACUGUCAGGAGAUUCUAUUUUUGAGGAGCAUGCGAGGAAGGCUCUGGAUGUCCUCUGGCAGAGGAGACAGAAGGGAAGUGACUUGGUGGGGACCGUCAUCAAUAUCCAUAAUGAAGAAUGGGUCCGGAGAGAGAGUGGCGUUGGUGCUGGUAUCGACUCAUAUUAUGAAUAUCUGAUGAAGGCCUACAUUCUUCUGGGAGAUAAUGUUUUUUUGGACAGGUUCAACAUUCACUACAGUGCCAUUAUGAAGUACAUCAGUCAGCCUCCCCUGCUGCUCAAUGUACACAUGCACAACCCCACUGUGAGCGUGCGCAGCUGGAUGGACUCUCUCCUGGCAUUCUUCCCUGGCUUACAGGUUUUGAGAGGAGACCUGAAGCCAGCUAUUGAGACUCAUGAAAUGCUUUAUCAAGUCACUAAACAGCACAAGUUCCUUCCAGAGGCUUUCACCACAGAGUUCAGAGUUCACUGGGGCCAACACCUACUGAGACCAGAGUUUGCAGAAAGCACCUACUACCUCUAUAAGGCCACUGGCGACCCUUACUACCUCAGAGUGGGACAGUCCAUUGUGGAAAAGCUCAAUGCCUACGCCAGGGUGCCUUGCGGGUUUGCUGCUGUGCAAGAUGUCCGCACUGGAACGCAUGAAGACAGGAUGGACUCCUUCUUUCUGGCCGAGAUGUUCAAAUACCUGUACCUGCUGUUUACGGAUAAGAGUCAGCUGCCCAUCGAUAUCGACGACUACAUCUUCACGACGGAGGCUCACCUCCUCCCCGUAUCUCUCUCCACCACCCAGCCGCCCUGUCGAGGCAACAAUACGGAGACUGUUCCCGUUUCUAAAGAAGAAGAUCUGUUCACACACUCCUGCCCAAGCAUGGAGACGUUGUUUCCCAACAAUCCCUCGUUUGCCAAAACCAUACGGGACAGCUACAAGUACCUCACCGGAGUGGGACGAGCCUUCCACCCCUUACCCGCCAGGGAAAUUGAACUCCCGCUCCACGAUAAUGGGAUGGAGCCUGUGGAGUUCUUGAAAAGCAUGGGUAUAUCUCUCACCCCGCUGAAUGAGAUUCUUGCAGGACACACCGGAAGUCUGAAGGAGCAUAAAGGUGUAUACCGGAUAAAGCUUGUGGCGGAGAUGAGCCACGCGGAGGAGAAUGAAGUGAUGCCCCAUGUUGUUCAGCUCAUUUCCCCCCCAUUUCUGGGGAGGACAGUCCUCACAGCAGGACCUGCCAAGUUUGGGUUGGACCUCACCAAGCAGGAGCACGGGGUGAAGGGCAGCAUUGUGAAAGCCUCUCCCUACACUGCAUGUGAGCCAAUAGACAGUGCAGUGGACCUCAAGGGGCAUAUCGCUCUGGCGCUGCGUGGUGAAUGCAUGUUUGUUGUAAAGGCCCGUUGGCUGCAGGAAGCAGGGGCCAUAGGGGUCAUCUUUAUAGAUCACCGCGAGGGAAGUAACAGCCGGGAUACUCCACUCUUCCAGAUGGUGGGAGAUGGCGACUCCACCGAAGACAUCACGCUGCCUUUAGUCUUCCUGUUCAGCCGCGAGGGCGCCGUGCUCACGGCGGCUCUGGAGGAACAUCACAAUGUGGAUGUGCUGUUGCUGCCCAAGGAGAGGCAGCUGGGACACGAUAAGACUGAAAAAAGCCUCGGCAUGAAUAUCAAACUCCGUCUGGCAGAGGAGGGGAAGCUGGAGGACGGACCGGCCACAGGGCCCACCUUGGAGUUUGUCUUGGAGAACCAGGAGCUCUUUCUGAAGGAGGAGGAGGAAGAGGAAGAGGAGGAGGAGGAGGAAGAGGAAGAAGAGCUGAGAGGUCCCCAACAACCACAGCUGGAGCAGUUCAAAGGCUCGACGGCGUCGGACCAAACCAAACAGUGUUCAGCAGAUUCCUCUCAAUCCGCAAACUCUGAGCGCAGACCAGACGCCAACCCUUGACCACCGCUCAUCCCGAAGCGCUCAUGAUUCCCUGACACUUUCCUAAUGGCGUGGACCUCAGAGCCCAUUACUGCCUACGUGGAGCCCUAUCUGACCCUGCCUGCAUGUUUACACCCAACGGAGGAGAGCAGUGUGAUGGCCGCAUUCACUUCAUGUCUUGACUUGUAAAACUGAAGAUGAUACUGUGGUGGUGGUGAUGAUGAUGCUUUUCCUGAAAUUACCCCAGAAAGGUAUUUCAAGAGACUAAACUAGGUAGUUAGAGGCCAAAAGCUGUAGGUUAAGAUGGCUUGGCGGCUGGCGCCCGUAGUAUUGCUCGGCACAUAAAGUGUUUGUGAUGAUGAGGACGGAUCACAGACUAGAAAAGAAAAGGCAAACAUGCAGUCAGCUCGGUUUUUAUGCAAGGCAGUUUGUUUUUAAUGUGGAUUUCAUGUUUUCCUUUCAACAGCUACGGUUAAAUACUCAGUGGGGGUUAAAUAGAAUAUUUCCUGGCCAGUAGGUGGCGUUAGCCACUGUAGCCUCUCAAUGUUAUAAUGUAAGAAGAUGAAGGAGAUUAGCUGGGGGCCAAUUUGUCUCUUUUCUUUUGUAGGAGUAAAUAUUUUUUCAGGGAAAUUCAAGAGUGAAUGCCGUUUGCUGGAAUGAAGCAUUUGAUGAAAUGUUGGGUUGUUCUGCACUUUUUCUCUCUGUGUGUGUGUGUGUGUGUGUGUGUGUGUGUGUGUGUGUGUGUGUGUGUGUGUGUGUGUGUGUGUGUGUGUGUGUGUGUGUGUGUGUGUGUGUGUGUGUGUGUGUGUGUGUGUGUGUGUG